CGGUUUGCGGCAACUAGUGGUGACAACAAGAAAGCGGAGGCAGAGGGAAGAGGACGACGUCAAACUUUGGCUCAUACUUUUGCCUUUUUUUCCGAGGGGGAGGACAGGACGACAUCACCGCUGACAACGUGUUGUUUGACCGGCUUGACGUUCGCCUUCCGCCGCUGCUGUCAUCGUCUCUGUGGUUUUUGAAGUUCGUUCGACUUGAACAAACGCGAGCGCGUUAAGUGAGACGAAACUAUGACGGGCCGGGAAGAUGAAUAUGAUUAUCUCUUCAAAGUGGUGCUGAUCGGCGACUCGGGCGUUGGGAAGAGUAAUCUGCUGUCCCGCUUCACCCGCAAUGAAUUCAACCUGGGCAAGAGCACCAUCGGCGUGGAAUUUGCUACGCGUAACCAAGUGGAAGGCAAAACCAUCAAGGCACAAAUCUGGGACACUGCGGGACAGGAGCGAUACCGGGCCAUCACUUCUGCGUACUACCGCGGCGCGGUGGGAGUACUCGUCUACGACAUCGCUAAGCACCUGACGUACGAAAACGCCGAGCGCUGGCUGAAGGAGCUGCAGGAUCACGCCGACAACAUCGUUAUCAUGCUGGUGGGCAACAAAAGCGACCUGCGCCACUUGAGAGCAGUGCCCACCGACGAGGCCAAGGCCUUUGCAGAAAAGCACGGCCUGUCUUUCCUGGAGACGUCGGCUUUAGACUCGUCCAAUGUGGAGCUGGCCUUCCAAACCAUCCUCACAGCCAUCUACCACAUCGUGUCGCAGCGGCAGAUGUCGGGACGCAACGACUCGGACUUCUCGCCCACUUCCAACGUGGUGCCCAUCACGGUGGAGCCCACCCAGAACGCAUCUAACAAGGGCAUGUGCUGCCAGAACAACUGAGCUGCGCAAAGACAGUUAGAUCCAGAUAGACAGACAGAAGGGAAGACCAAGAGGUGGGUAGAGAUAACCAUUACACUUCUUCGCUGGGUGGGAGUAUCCAUGUUGAACACUCCUGUUACGUUGGUUUCUCAGGAACAUUUAAAUGUUCCUGGGUCAUUUUGACUCAUUAAAAAAAAAAAAAAGUUUACUGUAUAUCUAGGCUUGCAAAAUUAGGCUGAAAUAUGAAUGCAAGUCAACCAUCCAUUUUAUCAGCUUCAGGUUUAUUUUUGUUACUUCUCAUAGUAGUUUUCCCAACUUUGAGAAUUCUCCAAAAUUUCCAACCCCAGUUGUAGCUCGCCAUCAAUAACUGAUUAAGCUUAUAAAUAUCUUUUGAUUUAACUGUCGGUUUGACAUAAGAGGAAGGUUAAAUGGAGGUUUCCAGCAUUGUGUGGAGCACGCCCCCAGAUCUGUCAAAAUUAAGAUUACUAGAUGAUCCCCCCCCCGUAAAAAAAUAUAAAGCAGUGGAAUUACCCAUCACCUUCACUCAAACUGUCCCAAAGACUGUCGCUACUCCGCUCAAUUGCUAAGUGAUUCAUCUAGAAAUAUUUAUUGAACACUAGGUUUUUAUCAUUUUCAUUGCAUUGAUUUAAAUCUACGCUUAUUUGUGAGGACAUCCGACUCUCCAUGAGGGGCGUGAUGGCGUCAUUUUUCAUAAAUGCACAUGUUGAAUCCUGGUCUGGCGUUUUCAGAUUCUCUGGGAGGGGGCGGGGUCCGGUUGUAAGGGGGGACACACACUGCCUUCUAGUGAGAUAAAUCAAUGGACCCCCCCUUGGCUUUUUUAUGUAAAUACCGGAGCCUCUUUUACUGCUAUCUGUCUUAACUGGACCAGGGACUUUUUUUUUUUUUGCCUUGCAGAGGUCAAUCCUCUCACUUGCUUCUCUUUCCUGCGGGAGGAAUUUUUGUUUAUUAUUCUUUUUAAUUCAGGCAGACAGGUUGUUAGUGUGUGUGUGUCAGUAAGGGUUUGAUUUAAAGUGCACACAAAUCACCUGGUGUGUGCUGUGUGGCCUUCACAGGUCUUUAAACUGGGUGGUGUAGGACAAAACUUUUUUUUUUUUAAGAAAAAGCAAACAAUUAUGUAUAUUGGACUGCAUUCAAUAUGUACAAAUAAAUCUGAUUUGUAA